CUGAAGUGACUCUUGGCUAGUUUUGGGCUGGUUUUGUAGCUGAUUUUGGCUGGUUAUGAAAAUUAGACGUGGCAACCGUGGUGCAGCCUGAUAGGAUGAUUGAGUUGUCCAGAGGGUGUUUAGGAUACAGCCAGGCGUGUCCAUUGCUGAGGGAGUACAGGGCUGCCCCACUCUGGUAAUGAUGUUGCAGCACAUAAAGUAGUAUCGGCGCUAGAGAAUGCGUGGGACUCACGUGUAGUUACACACUCGUUUCCUUCUUGUAGGCUGGACCAGCGCAAGUAAGCGCAGAGCGGACGGACAUCGACCACGAUGAGCAAUAGCACUUGCUGCAACUUUGAGGUGCGAUUUCUCUCCUACCUGCUGCCCCCGGUGCUCAUACUGGUGUUCGUGCUGGGCUCGCUCUUUAAUGGUCUCUCUCUGUGGAUCUUCUGCUUUCACAGCAAGUCGUGGAAGCCGAGCACCGUGUGGCUCUUCAACUUGGCGCUGGCCGACUUUCUGCUCAUGGUGUGUUUGCCCUUCCGCACGGACUAUUACCUGCGCCACAAGCACUGGCAGUUCGGAGACGCACUGUGCCGCCUGGUCCUCUUCAUGCUCUCGUCCAAUCGCAGCGGCAGCAUCUUCUUCCUCACGCUGGUGGCCACCGAUCGCUACUUCAGGGUAGUGCAGCCCCACCACAGACUCAACUCAAUGUCCACCCUGUGUGCAGCCGGCAUGGCCUGUGCGGUGUGGCUCAUCUCCAUAGCCGAGAGCGUCUUCAUUCUGACCAAGCGCCGAGAGUUGGGCGGGGGUAAAGAGGGCUCGGAAACUUGUGAGAGCUUCGCCAUAUGCCCCGAAUACUCGGGUAACCUGCAGCACGAUUUCAUCUACCUGGUGCAGUUCUUCGUGCCGCUGCUCAUAGUCGCUUUCUGCUCUUGCAGCGUUAUCCUGCGCCUCCGCCAGCGCAACCUGGACCGACACGCCAAGAUCAAGCGAGCUGUACAGUGCAUGCUGCUAGUCGCGAUGUCCUUCUGCUUCUGUUUCCUUCCCAGCGUCUCUACCAGGAUCGAGAUGUUGCGACUGCUGCGCUCUCCCCAGUGGCACGACUGCGACAUCUACCAGAGCGCGGACACCGCCUUCUACAUCUCCGUGUGUCUCACUUACCUGAACAGCAUGUGCAACCCGCUGCUCUAUUACUUCUCCAGCCCCUCAUUCCAGGCUUUCUACCUCAACAUCGCCAAGUGUCCCAACCGGGCAACCUCCGAAUCAGAAACCAACGAUCAAGUUGCCAACACCUGCCAGACUAAUGAGCAGCCGCAGGGGUAACCAGGGAGGCACCAGGUUUAUUCGCUAAUUCCUGCUGCUACAAACACAACUCAGAGAACUCAAGCAGCCCACUCUACAGACCAAAACUGUGGGCCUACUAUCCAAACUAUUAUUCUUCCUCUACUCAACCUCUUUAUUUCCUAGUCUACUUACUAUAUUCUUCCAUUAUUAAGCAUUUUCCCCCAUAAAGAAUUAGGGGAAUGACUAUGAAAUAUGCUGAAUGGUUAGAAACAAGUGGGCCCUGACAUCUGGGCCCACCUGGAGUUUUCCUGGUAUCCCCUGGGCCAGUCGGAAACUGCUACAGACAAUGCAAUUUAGGGUUCCCUUUAGGGCAAUGUCACACUGGGAUGCCAGGGGCCCACCAGGGCCCACUUUCCACGAGCUUUCCAUGAGCUACGCUUCCCCCUGCCCGCUAUUUGUGAUUUUAAUCAAUACUUCAAUAAACCUAGGGCGGAACACUCGGACACAUCGGUUUCUGCGGAGUAACGCUUCAGGCUCCAUUUCUUCGGAUACAACGUUACCUUUUCCUUGUUUGGUCCACUUUCCAACCUAUACCUCCUUCCCUCACUCAUCCUCUUUAUUCUCCUAGACUAUUUUCUCUAAAUACUAUUCUCCAUUCUUCCAUUAUUAAGCUUUUCUGUUGCCAUAAAGAAAUAGGGAAUGACCAUGAAAUUGGCCACAUGGUUAGAAGCAAGAGGCCCACUGACACCUGGGCAUACCUAGAGUUUUUAAUAUCCCAAUGGGCCAGUCCGACACUGCUUUAGGGAACUCUAGAGGAAAGAGAACCUCCCAAACCAGUGGGUCCAGUAAGCAGCUCAUCCCAAAGUUUAGAGGGGGAUUUUGUGGUGAGUCCUUUAGUUAAUGUUUCACAGAAGACCUUCUAGCAUUUGCAAGAUUAUGCAUAUUAGCAGCCCUGGCUGUUUGGUGGGGUUAUGCAGCUGUAGUUGACCAGUAGGCUCACAACUUUUAGUUUCCCUGUUGUGCAAGUUAAACAAAUCCUUUCUACAAUACAGUUGAGCUGGCCACACACCCGACGAUCUGCUGGUUUGGAGAGGUCAUCAAAUGAGUGGAUCUUUACCCCAUAUGUCCACCUUGAGCUGGGUGAUAUAAGGAUGAGCUAAUUGUUUUUUGGUCCUUUGGUGACCAAAUGGAUCAUAACAAAGGUAAAAGGCAAUGCAGUCCUUGCCUUGAUGGGAAAAUCAAACCUGCCCUAUUGAUAUCUGAUUUAUUUUGGUCCAGAUAUUGGUUGGGCAGGUCUGUCGGCGGGACCCAUAGACUUGCUAAUAAGCUUGGUCCAAAGCAGUUUUUCAGUUUACAGACAUGUUUAGUCUCCCCAGGAGUCACCAAAACAUUCAUAAACCUCCCUUGUUCAACAAGGAUCACAGGCUGGGCAUUCUCUCUUGUUGAUGCCAGAUCACCUAAGGCCCAAAUUACCUUAAGGUGGAUAUUUCCUUAAUAGUGGAAUUUUAAAUUUCUAAUAAAAAAGUUGAACUACCAACUAAUUCAAGGAAGACGGGAUGUUUAACAGAUCCUAUUUCCAA